AUGGACAUCACGGUGCGUGUCGAAGUCCAGUACCAUGCGCCGGCGAACGCUAUUACGCGCGACGUGCUCGGGAUGUUUCGGUCUACGACGUGGGUGCGGUUUAUGAUGCGCUACGUGUCGCCGCGGCUCAAGAGCUCGUCACCGGCAGACCAGACUAUUCUAGAUGAGCUCGAGAGUCAGGAGGCUGCCGAGAUGCACAAGGGCAAGUGCGUCAUUUGCAUGAGUGAGAAUCCGUGCGAUGGCCACGUAACGCUGCCAUGUGGCCACUCAUUCCACUAUCCAUGCAUCUCGUCUUGGCUGCAGAGCCGUAGCACAUGCCCCGUAUGCCGAUUCCAGUUUCCCAAGGCCUUUACGGGCAAAUACGCCGUGUUAAGGCUCAAGUCAUCCAUGGUGCUUGCAGAGGAGCAGACCAAGAUGCCACGAGCGGAGCUGCUUGCCCUUGACAUUGGCAAGCAGGUUAUACGUGCUGUUGUGAGCGUCACACUUGUCAAAGUUGCGGUCGAGGGCGAUGACGAGGAGUUUCCGUGUGAGCUUAGCGCCUGGUUGCUAGACCCUUCGACAGGGGAGACCUUUUCGGAGCUUGACUGUGUAUUACGACCGCAUUAG